AUGUCAGAAGAUCUUGCAAAGCAGCUGGCCAGCUACAAAGCUCAGCUCCAGCAAGUUGAAGCUGCGUUAUCUGGAAAUGGAGAAAAUGAAGACUUGUUAAAAUUGAAAAAAGAUUUACAAGAAGUUAUAGAACUAACCAAAGACCUUCUUUCAACUCAACCUUCGGAAACUCUUGCAAGUUCAGACAGUUUGGCUUCUACGCAGCCCACUCAUUCAUGGAAAGUAGGAGACAAGUGUAUGGCGAUCUGGAGUGAAGAUGGACAGUGUUAUGAAGCCGAGAUUGAGGAGAUAGAUGAAGAAAAUGGCACCGCUGCAAUCACCUUUGCUGGCUACGGCAAUGCUGAAGUGACUCCGCUGUUGAACCUCAAGCCUGUGGAAGAAGGAAGGAAGGCAAAGGAGGACAGUGGCAGCAAACCCAUGUCAAAAAAAGAAAUGCUUGCCCAGCAGCGUGAAUAUAAAAAAAAGAAAGCUUUGAAAAAAGCACAGAGAAUAAAAGAACUUGAGCAGGAAAGAGAGGACCAGAAGGUGAAAUGGCAGCAGUUCAACAACAGAGCCUAUUCUAAGAACAAAAAAGGCCAGGUGAAGAGGAGUAUUUUUGCUUCACCUGAAAGUGUCACUGGCAAAGUUGGAGUUGGGACUUGUGGAAUUGCAGAUAAACCUAUGACACAAUAUCAGGAUACGUCCAAAUACAAUGUCAGGCAUUUGAUGCCUCAGUAAUCAGAAAAACUGUUGGAUUUCAUCUUCACAGGGCUUUACAUUUACCUUUUUAUUCUUAUAUUUUUCUAAAGGUAAAUUAUUUGUUAGAUGAGUAAGGAAGAAUACCAUUGUCACCACUGACUUCAGUAGAAUGAAACUUGAAGAAAUUGCAAUUGAUAACUGCUAUUCAUUCAACUUUCUUCAUUACUACCACCACGAUUCCCUAAACAUUUAUUGAAUAAAGCGACUUUUCUAGGUAGACACUGCUU